CCAACAUAUCAAUUAUAGACAUAGACACCAAUGAAGAAGAGACCAUAGCAACAACUUCAACAGGCAGCCACUUUGGGCUCAACUUAAAAGGGCAUGAGAAAAUAUAUUUUGGAGGAUUGCCAACCCUGAGAAAUCUAAGUAUGAAAGCAAGGCCUGAAGUGAACUUAGAGAAAUAUACAGGUUGCCUGAAAGAGAUUGAAAUUUCAAGGACACCAUAUAAUAUAUUGAGUAGUCCCGAUUUUGUUGGCCUAACCAAAGGAUGCACGCUAGAGAACAUUUAUACUGUUAGCUUCCCCAAGCCAGGUUUUGUGGAACUGCCGCCUGUCUCCUUUGACGUAGGCACUGAAAUCAACCUCUCCUUCAGCACCAAGAAUGAGUCUGGGAUCAUCUUGUUUGGCACUAGUGGCACAGUUGUCCCCCCCAGGAGAAAGCGUGGAUACCCUGGACGGAAGGCUGCCUCUCUGAGGAGAAAGCGUAGACAGACAGGACAGGCCUACUACGCAGUGUUCCUGAACAGAGGUCGACUAGAAGUGCACAUCUCCACUGGGGUACGGGAUCCCCACAGAAUCACCAUCAGACCAGAAGCUGGCGAGUUUCACGAUGGCAGAGCACACUCCAUCCGGAUAGAACGAGCUAAAGGGCUGUUCACUGUUCAAGUAGAUGAAGACAAAGGCCAGACUCAGAGGCUGCCAACAGACCAGCCCGUCUCUGUUAGGAGACUCUUUGUGGGGGGUACUACUUCUGAGUUUCAGACUGCACCUCUCAGAAACAUACCAUCUUUUGAGGGCUGUAUAUGGAAUCUCGUCAUUAAUGCCACCCCCAUGGACUUUGCUCAGCCCGUGUCCUUUGAGAAUGCAGAUAUUGGCCGAUGUCCCUCUCUAGAACCCGAGGUUAGGCCACCUGAGGAUGAAGAUAAACCAAUCUCCACAGCAGUCCUGAUCCAACCUGAACCAGAUGCUAAUGAGGAGAAAGAAAGGCCAAGGAUUCCUCCUGCUUCCCCUCCUCCUCCAACACCAUCUCUGUCUUCAGAUGCCUGUGCUGCUGACACAGAACCAGCCAUUUUGGAAGGUGGCAAGCAAUUUGGUCUUUCAAGAAACAGCCACAUUGCAGUUGCAUUUGAUGACACCAAAGUGAAAAACAGACUUACAAUUGAAUUUGAAGUUAGAACAACAGCUGAUUCUGGCUUGCUGUUUUAUAUGGCCCGCAUCAACCAUGCUGAUUUUGCUACAGUUCAGAUAAAGAAUGGUCUGCCUUACUUCAGCUACGAUCUGGGAAGUGGAGACACCUACACGAUGAUUUCCAACAAAAUAAAUGAUGGCCAGUGGCACAAGAUAAAAGUAACUCGAACAAAGCAAGAAGGAACCCUUAUAGUAGAUGAUGUUUCAAACAAGACUGUUAGCCCCAAGAAGGCAGAUAUACUGGAUGUUGUAGGCAUACUGUAUGUUGGAGGAUUGCCCAUUAACUACACAACUAGAAGAAUUGGUCCGGUCACCUACAGCAUCGAUGGCUGCAUCAGAAGUUUUCAAAUGACAGAAUCACCUGUUGACUUAGAUAAUCCAACUUCCAGCUUCAACGUUGGAAAAUGUUUUGUCACUCCACAGAAAGGAACAUACUUCGAUGGAACAGGCUUUGCCAAAACAGUUGGUGCAUACAAAGUGGGAACAGACCUGCUUGUGGAAUUUGAAUUCCGUACAACACGAAUGAACGGUGUUCUCCUAGGAGUCAGCAGCCAGAAAAUGGAUGGGCUUGGCAUCGAAUUAGUAGAUGGAAAAGUGAUGUUUCACGUUGACAAUGGUGCUGGCCGAUUCUCUGCUGUCUACGAACCCGAUGCACCAGGCAGCUUGUGUGACGGACGGUGGCACAAGGUUCUUGCAAACAAGAGGAAACACCGAUUAGAGCUGACUGUGGAUGGCAGGCAGGUGGAUGGCAACAGCCCAAACAGGGCCUCGACCUCAGCAGACACUAACGACCCUGUCUUUGUUGGAGGAUAUCCUGAUGGUGUGACCCAGUUUGGGCUGACCACUAAUAUUCGUUUUAAAGGAUGUAUUCGAUUUCUGAAGCUCACCAAGGGUACUGCUAAACCUCAGGAGAUUAACUUCAGCAAAGCUCUGGAGCUGAAGGGUGUUCAACCACUGUCAUGCCCUGCAAACUGAUAGUCAUUCAGCCAAUAUGGGUCUGUUUAUAUAAGCAUCUCAGAUUAAAAAAGAAAAAAAAUCUCUAUAUACAUUGCAUUCAUAAUAAAAUGUCUUUAUGC